AUGGAGAAAUUUGUGCCCAGAAAUUGGGAAGGUACCAGUCGACCAACAUAUAUUCGGGUUCGAAAACGCAUUAGGGAGGCGGACCCCAUCUGGAUAGCCAUGUUUACUGAAAAACCACAAACAUUGAAAGGAAUGAGGAAAAUGCAAGAACAUUUCAUCGCCCUAGAAGAAAUUCAGGAAGAAUCAAGGGAUAGAGGAGUGCAAGAGGCUAGUGCGGCGCCCGAGUCAACAUCGGACGAUGUUCAACGUCGGCCCGAGAAGAGACUGAGCCCACCUAUGCGAGGAAAUGGGAAGAAGGAAUGGGUAGCUAAAGGAAAGAGGCCGAGAUACGAGGCGAGAACAUACACCCCUUUGAAUGCUCCACUAGAAGAAAUCUGCAAAGAGGUCGAGAAAAGGAGUGACAUCAUAUACCCAGCUUCAAGAGGGAUACAGUUCGAGGAGACCAAGGAUCACCCAGAGUAUUGCCAUUAUCAUCGAUAUCGAGGACACUAUACAAAUAAUUGCCGAGAAGUAAAAGACAUCAUGCAACAUCUUAUUCGAGACGGUUUCCUGAGACAGUUCGUCCGACACCCAUCCCAGACGACCGCAGCGCCCGAUGCACCCGUCCACCAGAAUCCACAAGAGGAUCAUAAUGGGAAGGAAAUUUUCAGUGUAGCAAAAGCUUUGCCGAUGGAACCCUGGAUGCUGGAACCCAUAUUUUUCUCGGCUCAGGAUGUCCCGAUGAACGACCAAGCUCACAGUGAUCCCUUGGUCAUCACUCUGCUGAUUGAGGAAUGGGGGGUAAGAAGGAUACUGGUAGAUAAUGGGAGCUCAGUCGAAGUACUCUUCUACGAUACGUUCAAUAGGAUGGAGCUAUCAGAUGAUAUACUCGUCCCAUAA